AUGCCAAAUGUACAAAUGUACGACAGGUUCGAGGAGGCCAUCCUGAAUGAGACGCGCUGCAAGGUCGCCACCCUAGAUUGCACGGUGGAGGGCAAGAAGCUCUCAGACCGCCACUCCUUCCACAAACUGUGCGUGGGUUCAGCUGCCGCAGCGCAGCGAGACCCUGCAUUUGUGACGUACAGCCAGUUUAUUUCGGCGUUAGGCGAGCAUAAAAUUGACAUACUGAAAAUCGACGUCGAGUCAUUUGAGUUUCCGCUGUUCGGGGAGUGGCGUGAGCACUCGCGAUCCCUGCCCGAGCAGAUUGCCGUAGAAGUGCACUGGCAUGAGGCUUACCUCAGGAAUUUUGAGGCAGACCUUCAAUCGCACUGGGGUCGCGGUGAAUUUGGCGUGACGGAUCUGGCGUUGUUCUUCCUCCACCUAGCAAACCUGGGCUAUGGCAUUGUCAGCCAGGAGAUAAACGAAUUUUGUCCGUCGUGCUCCGAAUUUACAUUGGUACGGGUUGAGGCAUCAGUGCCGUACGGCGGCAAUGGUGCCGUGCAUACGGGAUGGCACGGUGCCUAA